AUGGCGCUCCCUUCCCUGGGGGAGGUCUUCAACUCCAUAGCGGGCCUUGGGAUGCCGGUGGUGGGGGCGCCCUCCCGCGCCCACAUGCAGUGCAGCACGCUGCUAUGGACCUGCUUCCGUCGCGACCCCGAGGCCUUCGACACCGACUUCCGCCCCAUCCUGGACUUCCUGCUCUGCUGUCCGGACGCCCAGGAGGCCGCCAUGCGGUCCGCCGCCCUCUUCCUGGCGCGCGCGCCCGCGCCCGACUGCGAGACCUACGCCGAGGGCGUGAUCGACUACUUGCGCGAGCGCACACGCUCGGGGGGCGCACAGCAGCGCCUGCGGUGCUGCAAGCUGCUGCGCUACCUGCUGGACGAGUGGGACGAAGAGUACCAAGUGGACUCCGGGCUGGCGGAGGCCCUGUGCGGGGCGCUGAUGGGCCGGCUGGCCGACGUGAACAAGGGGGUGCGCGCGCAGGCGGCGCUGGCGCUGCAGAGGCUCAGGGACCCCGGCGAGGGGGGAGAGUUCGAUAGGGACGCGGUGACCGGGCGACUGUUGGAGGUGCUGAGAUGUGAGAAUACCGCAGAGGUGCGGUCGGCCGUCUUGGCCAGCCUGGGUGACUUCAUGACCCACAAUACACUCCCCGCUGUUUUCGAGAGGACACUGGACGAGGCGGUUCUGGUCCGAAGCGUGGCGUUCAAGCUGUUGGGCAGCAGGAGGGCCUUGAAGCUCCUUGGGGCCGAGCAGAGGGCCGCGUUGGUCCGAAGGGGCACCAGGGACUGUAGCCCAAAGGUGCAGCAGACGGCUGCACAGAUGCUGCAGUGCUGGCUCGCGGAGGUGGAUGGCAACCUGCUACACUUCCUGUGGCUGUUCGACGUUCAGAAUUUCGAGCAGGAGGCGGAGGACGCCCUGAGGACAGUGAUGGAUCUGGAUGCUAACAUUGUCUCGACUGUGGACAGCCUCCUGGCGUCAGGGGAGGGCCUUGGGGAUGGUCAAGCUGGGGUCAUCGACCUUGUGAGGUCAAUGUUCUGGAGGGUGGUGUGCCUGCGGCUGAAGACAACUGCCGAGAGACUGGCUGCUGCAGCGGCAAAUGCAGUGGGUGCACAGGCAACCACCCAAGCCACACUCUCGGAGAGCAUCAGGGAUUGCAUGGACACGGUCAUCCCCAGCACGACCCAGAGGCUGGUGGAGAUGAUUGGAAAUCACACUGGUCCCAUGGUGGAGCUUAGGUUCUCGGCACGGCAGCUGCUUUGCAUCUUGGCUAGUUGCAGUGACUUGGCGGACGCUGCUGACAGGGCGGCAGUGGUGGAGCUGCUUCCACACCUCUGGCAGCUGCCCCCAGUUGGGGAGGCGUCGGAACACAAAAAAUGGGUGCAGGCAGUAAUGGAUGUGGCAGGUUGCGUCCACACCACACACACAGCACUCGUGGAGGCCACUCUGGAAGUGCUGGAGCCGUGGGCGAAGGCGCUGGAAACGGGGAACAAGGAUGCUGGCCUGGACGCCGCACUCCGUGUCCAUUUCCUGGAUGUGCUUGCCGCCCUGCUUGCAAGGGUGCCAAGGUCCCGUGGCGCAGCAUCAGCUGGCUGCACCAGCUUGCGGCUGUCUGACUGCCUGGCCAUUCUGAACCUGCUGAUGCAUGACGGCUCCUCAUUGGUGAGGGUGCGGGUUGUGUUGUGCAUCGGCCUCUACCUGCUGAUUGACUUCACUGAGCCCGUGAGGGACGCUGUUCCCUGGCUGAUUGAUCAGGUGAGGUCUGGGGAUGUGGGGAUCCAGAUCGCUGCCUGCAGGGCACUGUGCGACCUGGCGUUGGCCUAUGGGGCCAAGCUCCUGGGAUCGGCAGAGGGGCUGGUGGAGAUGCUGGUUCAGCAUGUUCCCAGCAGUGGGGAGUGGCACAGCCGGGCUGGCCGAGUGCGGAACACCCCGGAGAUGUCUGCAUCGCAGCAUGAGCUGAUCAGGGUGCUGGCAGAGGGCCUUGCAAAGCUUGUGCUUGCCAACCACAAACACCCGCUGCAGCAGAUGGACGCGGGGGACAGGCGGCGGUGCCUGGAGGUUCUGGCUGGCCUUCAGUUCGACCCUGUGAACCAGGACAGCGUCAGUCUGCACAGGAUGCUGCACAUAUUUUUUGACACCUACGUGGGCAUAUCUGACGAUAGCAAGAAGGAAUUGGAGGAUGUCAUGGCCUCUCUGCAAGACGCACCACGAAGACGGGCGCCAACACGCCCUGAGACGAUUUCGGAAGGGGACGAAGACGAUUCCGACUUCUAG